AUGGCGACGUCCCUAGGAUCAAACACCUACAACAGACAGAACUGGGAAGACGCGGACUUCCCCAUUCUUUGCCAAACAUGCCUUGGAGAAAACCCUUACAUCCGUAUGACGAAGGAAAAAUAUGGGAAAGAAUGCAAAAUUUGUGCUCGGCCCUUCACUGUGUUUCGGUGGUGCCCUGGGACACGGAUGCGCUUCAAAAAGACGGAAGUUUGUCAAACAUGUAGUAAAAUGAAAAAUGUUUGUCAAACCUGUCUGUUGGAUCUUGAAUAUGGUUUACCUAUUCAGGUCAGAGACACAGGACUUGCCAUUAAAGACGAAAUUCCUAAGUCUGAUGUGAAUAAGGAGUACUACACGCAGAACAUGGAAAGAGAGAUUGCAAACUCGGACGGCACCCGGGCUGUAGGACAGAUUGGAAAAGCCCCCAGCUCAAGCGACAUGUUGCUGAAACUUGCCAGAACCACACCUUACUACAAGAGGAAUCGUCCUCAUAUUUGCUCCUUCUGGGUGAAGGGAGAAUGUAAAAGAGGAGAGGAGUGUCCUUACAGGCACGAGAAGCCCACAGAUCCUGACGAUCCACUUGCUGACCAGAACAUAAAGGAUCGUUAUUAUGGCAUCAAUGACCCAGUAGCAGAUAAACUGUUGAAGCGAGCCUCAACUAUGCCCCGCCUGGAUCCGCCUGAUGAUAAGACCAUCACUACUCUAUACAUUGGUGGACUGGGAGACAAUGUCACAGAUGGAGAUCUCAAGGGCUUCUUUUACCAAUUUGGUGAAAUUCGUACUAUCACAAUAGUUCAAAGGCAGCAGUGUGCAUUUAUUCAGUUUGCUACUCGAGAUGCAGCUGAAAUGGCGGCCGAAAAGUCAUUCAACAAACUUAUUAUCAAUGGACGAAGGCUAACUGUCAAAUGGGGAAGAUCUCAGGCUGCAAGAGGCAAAGAAGGUGAAGGAGUCAGUGAGAUGGGUUCAAGGCUGGAACCUGUCCCUGGUCUACCUGGAGCUCUGCCCCCACCACCACCCCUGGAUGAAGAGACGUCUGCAAACUACUUUAACCUUGACCCCAACAGCUCUCCUGUUAUGAACAUUUUGCCCCCUCCUGGGAUGAACCCACCUCCACCUGGUUAUGGACCCCCAAUGUUCCAUGCUAUGGGUGCAAUGGCCCCACCUAUGCCCCCUCCUAUUGGUAUGAGACCUCCUGGUCAAAUUCACUAUCCAUCCCAGGACCCGCAGCGCAUGGGCGCCCACUCGGCUCACGGCUCGCGCCAUGAACAGUGA